UAUUAAUUAAUAAAUUUGUUGGGCCUUAUUUUAUUUAAGGAUUUUGAAUUGCCUUCAAUUAAUUAAAUUGGGCUUUCUUAUUUUUAAUUAAUUGAACUAUUAUUAGUUUGAUUAAUUUAUUUAAAGGAUAAUUUUCAUAAUAAUAUUAUAUUAUUAUUAUGUGCAUAUUUUAAGUAAUUACUUAUUAUAUGUUAAGCAUGACAUGAUUUGCAUUAUAUUUUGCAAUAAGAAUAUUUAUGAUUUAAUUGGUUUUAUUAUAAUUUCAAUUAUUAAAGAAAGAUGAGUAAGAAUAUUGUUGGUGUUCUUAACUCAAGAGAAAUAUUUUCAAUUAUUUAUUCAUUAAAUUUUGAAAACCCGGCUAAGUGAAUCAUAGAAUAUUAAGCACUUCACUAUGACUUAAGAUUAGAUUCAGGAGACCUAUUAAGAUUAUAGAUUUCUUGUAGGCUUUGUGGAUCGUGAGGACUAGCACUGCUAUACCAAUUCAGAGUUAAGAAUAAACGACAGGCUUUGCCUAUUCAGAAUGGAAGGUGCACCAAGAGGACGUGGUAGAGGGCGCGGACGUGGCCGUGGGCGCGGUAGGGGAUUUGUACCCGAAGAGCCUAUUCCACAAGUAGCACCAAAUCGCACAGCCGAGGAAAAGUUUCGCAAGGAAAAACCUCCAACGUUUGAUGGAUUGGGCGAACCUGCGGAUGCCGAGAAAUGGGUUAGGGCAAUAGAACGGAUCUUCAACUACAUCCGUUGUGACGAUGAGGAUAAAGUGGCAUGCGCAACUUAUCAGUUGGUGGACGAAGCUGACUUUUGGUGGGAGUCAGUGAGGCGGACUAUGACUGACGAACAGUGGGAGAAUUUCACAUGGGAAGAAUUCAAGGCUGAAUUGUAUGAGAAGUAUAUACCAGGAUGUUACCGACAAAAGAAACAGAACGAGUUUUGGAAUUUGAGACAGAAAACGGGAACUGUGACCGAGUAUGAUAGAGCCUUCAAUCAGCUAUCAAGAUAUGCUCCGACGUUGGUGGACAGCGAUGAGAAACGCGCAGAGAAGUUCAGAAACGGACUGCAUCACGAGAUAGCGAUUUCCCUAGCAAGUCAAGGGGGUCUCACCUACGCGCAGACAUUGAGUAGAGCCCUCACUAUUGAGUCAUUGUUGCCAAGGGAGAAAGGAAAAUCCCCCGAACAGUUUGGAUUUGUACCAUCUCAAGAUGGUAGUAAGGGAAAGAGAAAAUGGAAUGAAGGGACUGGUGGAAACAUUGGAAAUGGGAAGAAACCAUGGACGGCAAAUCAAAAUCAGAAUCAACAUCAGAACCCACAACCUCAAGCAAUAGUUCAAACUCCUUGCCCAAAAUGUCAAAAACUCCAUCCGGGAGAAUGUCUGAAAGGAAUGAACGUCUGCUAUAACUGCGGAGAGGCCGGGCAUUAUGUCUCGACAUGCCCAAAGAAGGGAGGAGGAGCACCCCAACAACAAAAUCCUGGAAACCAACAACGACAAAACCAAGGUCCUAGAGGAAAUCAGAACCAACCACGAUACGCUAGGGCCUAUGCCCUUAACCAACACCGAGCAGCAGGAGAUCACGGAAACCUGGCAGGUUGAUUGGUCGGUGCUGACGGGGCAGAGCUGAGGCUAGGGUUCAACUCCGUAUUUUGUCUUCCGCUGUUGCACUAGCUCUUAUUUGUCUUUUAUUUCUCCAACUUAAGACUUUUAUGUUAAAUUCUGAAUUAUGUUUCUUAUCGAGCUUAAACUCUCAACUUCUAGCUCUAUGUUAUUAACGUUGGUUAUCGGAAGCAUGAAACCGAACUUGUGAUCCUAAGGCUUAGAAUGUUGUUG